AUGAAGCGUUUGCGCAGACAGCGAACGCGAACACAAAAGAAAAUGCACGAUGUUGCUGCCACUGGCUGCAAACUUACACUUUUGCACGUUGAACGCGUUCGACUUGGGUUUCCCCAGUUGCUAGCACUUGCGGGAUGGCAAUUAAGUGCCAGGGCUGCACAGUAGCAUAACAGCGUUUUGGCAUUCUUUUGCCCGCUAAAUCGCCAGGGCUGCAAAGUUGUACAAAACUGUUUAACAUAG